AUGUCUCGCUUCGUGUUGGACUCCAACAAUCUAUGGCUGCUUGCCCUAAGCGACCGCACGAUGAGGGUGAACAACGGGCCGUACUCCCCGGCGAUUGGAAGCAACGGGCAGAAGCUGGAGGAGCUAUGCCUCAACACCUUCAACCACCAGAUCACCAUCAACAGGGAAGGCUUCAUGGUGCGGUGGCUCAACCCUGGCGGCGGCAGGAGGGUCCCCGACGCCAGGAGCCUCUACCGCCGCCUCAACGACGUCUUCGACUGGUCCAGGUACGGCGUUCAGGUCCCCAUCCCGGUGGAAACUGAGUGGGACCAGUUCGAGCUCACCACCGGGAAGCUGAUCACCACUGGUGGAGGCGCAGGCUCCCCGCAGAUGAAGAAGGAGCUGGAGGAGAAGGAGAAGGAGACCCAGAGGCUUCAGGAGGUUGAGAUCCAAGAGCUGAAGAAGAUGGACAAGGAGAAAGACGACCAGCUUGCUGCGAAAGACAAACAAAUCGCUAACCUCAAGAACGCUCUCAGUUCCUUUGUGUAA